CUCUCCCUGGCCAUUUAGUUGGCACUGGAGGGAGCAGUUGGGUUUUGUUAUCGCUCGGAGCAGGAUUUGGCUCCCGGCAGCUCCUGACUGACUGGCGGCCCCGCCCCCCCGGCAGGUGAAUAAAGGCAGGAAGUGUGGGCAGGGCAGGUACAGUGUGUCAGGUACAGAGCUGAGGGGCAGCCGUGAUGCACAGUGUCCCAGUGUCUCCCAGGGGGGGGCUCCUCCUGUGCCUUCUGGGCAUCAUCGCUGGAGGGGCAGCUAAGCAGCAGUAUGCUUUUUCCAUACCUGCCCUGCUGAAGAGCGGAGAGAGCGCAACUGCGUGCAUCAACUUUAUCGAUCUGACCGAAUCCAUGAGCCUUAAAGUUAUCGUUGAAGUCAGUGGAGUCAACACCACCAUCUUUACUGAUAAGUUAACAGGAAAAGAAGUCUUCAAGUGCAAAAGUUUCAAGGUGCCCGAUGUUAAGACAGCAAGCCCUGUAUUCAUUACUAUGGAGGCUACAGGCAAGACUUCCACCAUAGUGGAGCGUAGACCUGUGGUGAUUGACAAAAUGGAAAACAUCAACCUCAUUCAGCUGGACAAACCCAUAUACAAGAGAGCACAAAAAGUGAUGGCUCGUGUCCUUUCACUAAGUCCCAACCUGCGGCCGGUGCCCGAGACGUAUACGCUAAUCUAUUUAACGGACCCUUAUGGAAGUCGAAUGAGACAAUGGGAGGAUGUCACGUCUGUGAGAGGCGUUGCGGCUUUUGAAUUCGGGCUGCUGAAUGAUGCAUCUUUAGGGACGUACACCAUUACCGCUCAGAAGAAAUCGGGUGGUUCCAUUAGCCAGGUUUUUGAGGUAGCGGAGUACGUGUUGCCUAGAUUAAGUAUGACAUUGGAAGCUCCCAAAACUGUAUCAAUCCAGGACCACACCGUACCUAUCAGUGCUAAUGCCAAAUAUACAUAUGGCCAGGGAGUCCCAGGGAAAAUCAGUGGCAAGCUUUGCAGACAAUAUAGUUCUUAUUAUCCUGGAAACAACUGCAAUAGGAAUCCAGAAGGCAUCUGCAGUCAUAUUACAGGGCAGAUGUCUUCAGAUGGGAAUUUCAGCCAAAAUAUUGACUUGAGCCAGUUCCAGCUAGAUCGGGGUGGAUUUUCAAUGAACCUUAACCUUGAUGUAACUGUGACCGAGGAGGGGACAGGAGUCCAGGUGAAAGAAUCAAGAUCCAUCUCUGUAACCAGCCAAGUAGCCCAGGUUACUUUUGAUAAUGAAGUUAUGCGGCCCUUCUACAAACCGGGGAUUCCAUAUCCUGUUUCAAUGACAUUGGUUAAUUCUAUUGGAAAACCAAUUAAGAAUGAAAAAAUUGAGCUGCUCGUGGCUGGGAAUUCUGUCCAGAAUCUAACCACAGACCAGUCUGGCAAAGCCACAUAUGAGAUCGACACCUCCAAAUAUGAACAAACUCAAUUGGAUAUUCAGGCCAAUUACAAGAACACUGAGACAUGUGCCGAUUCCAACUGGGUGGUGCCCAGUUACUCCAAUGCUUACUACUCGGCGGGGAGGUUCUACUCCCGUACGGGAAGCUACGUGCAAAUGAACGCUCCCAAACAAGAACUGAGCUGUGGGAAGGUUCAAAGCAUGAAGGUGCAUUACUCCCUGAGCAAAGAGGGCCUAGGGGAGAAAGUCAACACAGUCUCUUUCUACCAUUUGGUGAUGUCAAAAGUCAAGAUCGUAGACAGCGGCAGCCACUCGGUGGAUGUGAGCAAAUCUCGGCGUGGUUCCUUCAGCUUUGAUAUUCCGGUGUCUUCAGAGUUGGCCCCCGGUGCUAAUGUCGUUGUGUACAGCUUAUUGGAUUCUGAAGUCAUUGAAGAAACUAUCCAUCUUAAUGUGGAAAACUGCUUUGAAAACCAAGUUUCCUUGAGUUUCUCUGAGGCGGAAGGAAUGCCGGGAUCAAACGUUAAGUUGAAGCUAAAAGCAGAUCCCAAAUCCAUGUGUGGACUCAAGAUUGUUGACUCCAGCACUCUCCUCCUCAGUCAGAAUGGACAACUCACACCAGAGGUGAUAUACAAUGCUCUGCGAUACCUCAGCCUCAAUGGAUAUUAUGUGGGACAAUAUAAUGUAGAGCCUCCAGCUCCUCCUUGUAUUGACCCCAACCAAAGAGUCAUGAUGAAUGGUUUAUUUUAUCAGCCAGUGAGCUUUCCAGGGGAAGGAUACACAUAUAAUGACUUCAAAAGUAUCGGCUUGAUAUUUGUGACCAAUGUAUCACUGCACAAACCAGAGGUGUGUGGGCAAAAUGUGUGGGGUGGAGGCAGACCUGUAUUUUUAAAUGCAGCGCGGCCGAUGGGUAUGGCAGAGCGAUUUACUUUUAUGGCAGAUGGAAUGGGUGCAGCAGGCGUCUCCUCAGCCAAGGCUGCACCUGUUGAAACCGUGAGAAAGUUCUUCCCCGAAGUCUGGAAAUUCGACUUUGCCACUGUUGACAAUACUGGUGCACUGACAGUCACAGAGAAGGUCCCAGACACCAUCACCCAAUGGCAAGGAUCUAUGUUCUGUAUGUCAGAAGAGAAAGGCAUUGGGUUGACCAAAUAUCCAUCCAACCUUACCUCCUACCUCCCUUUUUUUUUGGAGGUUUCAUUACCUUAUUCCUUUGUCAGAGGAGAAACUCUGGUCCUAACUGCAGUUGUGGCCAACUACUUGGAUAAAUACGUCAAGGUCGAAGCGACAAUGAAGCCUUCAGCAGAUUACACCGCCACUCUACAACAAGGGGAGCAGAACACAUGUUUGAGCCCAAGACAGAGGGCCUCCUUCUCUUGGAAUGUAAAUGCUAAAUCACUAGGAGCGAUAACUUUCACCAUGACAGCUAAAACCACCCACAUCGGAGCUUCAUGUAAAGGCCCUUCGGACAACUCCCAGUCACCUCGCAGUGAUACUGUCAUACAGAGCACCAUUGUAGAGGCGGAGGGUAUAGAGAAGGAAAUUACCUACAGUAACCUGGUCUGUGUGGAAGGGACAAAAUCUGUGAUUCCAAUCAACAUCACUCCUCCACCCAACAUGGUUGCGGAUUCCGCCCAGGGAUCAGUGACUGUUAUAGGGGACCUGUUGGGCCACGCUGUUAACAAUCCGGAUUCUCUGAUCCAGAUGCCCACGGGCUGUGGGGAACAGAACCUCGUUAAGCUGAUGCCAAUACCGGCGGUGCUGGCUUAUCUGAAUUGCAGCGGGCAGCUGACCAAGGAGAUGCAAGACAAAGCAGUGCAGUUCAUGCAAACUGGGUACAUAAGGCAGCUCGGUUACAAACGUUGGGACGGAACUUUCAGUGCUUUUGGACAAAGUGACCAUGAGGGAAGCUCCUGGUUGACAGCUCUGAUAUUUCACACUUUUGAACUAAUAAAGCCCUACACGUUGGUGGACCCAACAGUCCAGAAUCAGGCUCUACUCGCCCUACAAAGAAUGCAGGACCCAAAAACUGGGUGUUUCAAAGCCACUGGAACUCUCUUUCACAGUGGGCUAAAGGGCGGCGCCGAUAACGAAAUCAGCUUCACAGGCUAUGUUGCUGCAAUGCUUUGGAACACGCCUUACCCAGCAGCGCAAACCCUGCUGCAUGGAGCUUUCAGCUGUCUGGAUGAGGCUUCUAAGAGAGAGCAGUCACUGUAUAACCUGGUGCUCAUGUUCUACGCAUUUGCUGUAUCGGGAAAUAUGGAGAAGCGCAACUACAUUCUGGCACAGCUGAAGAGUAAGGCCAUUCACAAAGUUGGUACCACCCACUGGGAGCGACCUGACAAGCCAAAAGAGGAGACGUCCCCAUUCUUCUCUGCACCCUCCCCUUCAGCCGAGACGGAGAUAACCGGCUAUGCACUGCUGGGCAUGACAUAUGGGCCCGCCCCUUCUCAGGAUGAUAAAUCCUAUAUGGCUCAAAUAGCGCUAUGGUUCGCUCAGCAGCAGAAUUCACAAGGAGGAUACCGCUCAACCGCCGACACGGUGGUGGCUUUGCGCGCUCUCGCCAGGUAUAGUUGCCUUAUAUACAAGCCGGGGGCCACAAACCAAGUCAAGGUGACUUCAGGAAAUACAGUCAUUGCCAACUUCAACGUACAACCAAAUAACCGCCUUCUUGUCCAGAGGCAGCCUCUGCCGAAAGUACCUGGAAAUUAUGGAUUUGAGGUCGAGGGGAAAGGCUGCUGUUUGGUGCAGUGCUCUGUUCGGUACAAUGUGCCAGUGAUAAAAGGAGUCUCCGCCUUCUCUCUUUCUGUGCAGUCAGACCGUAAAAGCUGUGUGAAUGGAGUGGCCUAUACCAUUCCCAUAGCCAUGUCUGUAAGUUACCAUGGCAACAGGAAUCAAUCCAACAUGGCUGUUAUAAUGGCCAAGCUGUUGUCUGGAUACACAGUGGAAUAUCAGUCCCUGCAACAGCUAAGGCAGAAUGUUUCCAAAGUUGAGCAGAUGGAUAAUCGUCUGGUUAUAUAUCUGGAAUCUGUCUCUAGCAAGCCAAUUACCUUGUCCGUGACUCUAGAGAUGAGUAACAGAGUGCAGAACUUCCAGCCGCAGUUUGUUUAUGUCUUUGACUACUACGAAACAGGUGACAAUGGAGUUGCCGAGCUCAAACAUUCGUGCUCUGCAUAGCGCCCUCAGGAGAACCGGAUCCUGACGUUAUGAGGGAAACUGAUGAAGGAGACUGUUCCGUUGCCGGGUUACGGAGAUGUUGCGCUACAGAUAUUUGCCCGGCGCAACCACAUGCCACAGACUUUCAGGCCAAAAUGCGAAUGUUUCUAUUCUGAAAUCUUAUUUCUUAUUCCUCCUGUGCCAAAAUGCCAUCGCCAAUAAAUGCCGUCCGACAACUCCA